AUGGAUAUAAACUCUAGAGGGAAUACUACUGAUAAUACCACUGGCAAUGUUCCACGUAUUCGUAACCUUCACCCUUCUCAAUUGUCACCUGCUGAUUACUCUUACGGCGCCAUUCCAACCGGUGAAGAGAUUCCUAUUGAACGCACCACCAGCACCUUCUCUGAAAGAAUAAACGAUUUUGUUGGCUCUUAUUCACGUACUUCCAUGAUGUUUAUGGCCGAGAAUCUGGCUGUCCCAAAUGGUCCCUUGUUGGAUGAUGAGGAUGAUAAAAUCUCUGCCAUUUCCUCGAGUUAUAAUGUUUCAAGGAUCCCUUCAAAAACCUCUGUAUCACGGCUUUCAAGAAUAGAAUCAGGACACGGUGCUGGAGAUACCAGUGAGCAUGCUUCUUUACUAUUUUCACACUUGGAUAAAGUGCUAUCAACAAGGAGUGUUGGAACUGUGGCAGAAGAUCACCGAUAUGACACACAUCCUAUCGUGGUCAAAAAAUCCUCUUUUACCCAAUCCAUUUUCAACUCUAUCAAUAUUUUGAUCGGUAUUGGUAUUUUGGCACUGCCACUUGGGUUCAAGUGUGCGGGCUGGGCAAUUGGUCUCUCUGUCUUUGUAUUUUGUUGUGGGUUGACAAAUUAUACUGCAAAAUUACUACAGAAAUGUCUUGACAUUGAUCCUGAAUCGAAAACAUAUGGUGAUAUGGGUGCUUUAGCUUUUGGAUUGAAAGGAAGGAUAUGGGUCACAGCUUUAUUCAUUACAGAAUUGAUCACUAGCAGUGUUGCUUUGGUUGUCUUGUUAGGUGAUGGUAUAGAUGCCCUAUUUCCAGGUUUCAAUUUGGUGCAAAUUCGUAUCAUGUCUUUUGUUAUUCUGACACCCAUGCUAUUUUUCCCUGUCCGUCAUUUAUCUUAUACAAGCUUAUUGGGUAUUUUGAGCGCUUUCAGUAUCAUCACCGUGAUGAUUAUAGACGGAUUAUCAAAGCCUGAUGCUCCUGGUAGUUUGAUCGAACCUGCUGAUACAGAAAUUUGGCCCUCAAAUUGGAUGACGGUACCCUUAAGUUUUGGUUUGAUCAUGGCAGGUUUUGCAGGACAUGCAGUAUUCCCCACUGUUUACAGAGAUAUGGAAAAUCCCAAACAAUAUACAAAGAUGGUGAACUGGACCUACGUAGCUACUACCAUCGUUUACUUCGGAGUUGCCGCUUGUGGUUAUUUGAUGUUUGGCUCUAGUACAAUGCAAGAGAUUACUCAAAAUAUUGUUUCUAUUCCUGAGUAUAACCAAGCAUUAAAUCGGUUUGCUGUAUGGUUAAUCGCUAUGAAUCCAAUUGCCAAAUAUGGUUUGACCGUAAAUCCUGUCAAUCUCAGUUGGCAGAUUUGGUUGUUCAAAGGUACCAAAGUACAGGAUUGGUGCGACAGAGGAACUUGGCGCGAACCUAUCCUAACAGCCAUCGGUAAAGUCUGUGUCAGUGCAUUCAUUGUCACACUGGCCUACAUCAUCCCUGGCUUUGAUAAGGUGAUGUCCUUGUUAGGUGCCUUCUUUUCGUUCAUGAUCUCUGGUAUCUUCCCAUUGAUCUGUCAUGUCAUUUUGUUUAGGGAUAAUAUGCCUGCAAGCCAAAAAUUGUUGGAUCACAUUUUGAUUUUGAUUGCCUCUGUCAUGGCCAUCAGUGGUACCGCUUGGAGUUUUCUUUAG